CAUAAGACUAAAAACACUAACAAAGACCAAGCCAAAAUGUAUUCAUCAAUUGUCUUCCUCAUUUUCUUCACCAUAGGCACAUUUAUGAUCAACAUCUGCUUGGCAGAUUGUGAUAAUCUGCAGGACACUUGCCCUGCAGCCCCACCAGAAAAGCAAACUAUUUUCAUCAAUGGCCUUCCUUGUAAGAAUCCAUCAACCAUUAGUUCUCCUGAUUUUAAAACCACAAAACUGACCAAGCCAGGGGACACUAAAAACUAUAUGCGCUCGUCGACGAAAAUAGUCACUGCUUCGGAUUUUGCAGGCCUUAAUACUUUAGGCCUUUCCAUUGCCAGAACAGACUUGGAAGUAGAUGGCUUGGUAAUGCCUCAUUUCCACCCGAGAGCCUCUGAGACGUUCUUUGUUGAGAAAGGAACUAUUUUAGCUGGUUUUAUUGACACAAAAAGCAAUGUUUUUCAAGAUGUUCUCAAUGAAGGAGAUGUUAUUGUGUUCCCUAAAGGGCUGCUUCACUUUUGUUUCAACUUUGGUUUUGACGUUGCUACCGCUUUCUCUGUGCUCAAUUGCCAGAAUCCCGGGGUGGUGAGCAUCAGCGGCGCUAUGAUUGAGCCCGAUCGUGAUGUGGACACAUUAGGAAGGUUAGUGAAAAGCCUAAUUUCGCUCUCGAAACAUAACAUGCUGGAGAGACACAGCAACUAUCAAAAUGUGACUCUCCCCAAGUUCCCUGGUCUUUUGGAUGGCUAACAAUUUGGUUGCGAAAUUUAUGUCACUGUUUACACGGAGAUUAAAGUCUUCAAUUGUGUUAGUAGAGGUAUGAAAAUUUGUGGUACUAUAUUUCUUAAAUAG